UCUGUGUGAAUGACUGCCGCGACGUUUAUUGAAUCAAUGGUGUUACUAUUGAGCAAAUAACUUCUUUGACAAUAUGAAAACAAAGAUUUGGCUUAAAAGUCUAGUAACCAGGCCAAAUUACAAAAAAAACAUUGGAGAUUGACAAUUGACAUUUGUUUGUUAAUUUGUGAUAUUGACACCUUUUAUUUUUAUUUUGUAUGAGUAUUUUUACGAGUCGGAGACUGAAUCAGUGUAUAUUCCUUGUUUUAAAGUACUAACGAGGAAAGUAAAUUAAACAUUAAGAACCUCACGUUACUUCUGAAAGAAAUAGAUUAGUUUUAACUCUCAUCUAAAUAAUAAAAACAACAAUUUAUCAUGAAUUGCAAGCAAUUCAGCCUUGCUUUUCAUUGAAAUUGAAUUAAUGCAGUAUAUUUUUUAUAAGUUAUGGAUAAUCCCGAGGCUAGUGGGAGUAGUAGAACUCCACAGAUAUCACCCACAUCAUGGCGCCAUCCUGCAAAUAGGAUACAUCGGUUUAUCGCUCUUCUGUUAAUGUGCUUUCUUUGUUUUGGUUCAUAUUUCUGUUACGACACACCAGGUGCCCUCGUAGAUAACUUCAAAGAUGACACACAUUUGACAACUUCCCAGUUUACUUUACUUUAUUCUAUAUAUUCAUGGCCCAAUGUUAUAUUAUGCUUUAUUGGUGGAUACUUAGUUGACAGAUAUUUUGGUGUAAGAUUAGGAACAGUAAUAUACAUGACCAUUGUUUUUAUUGGAGCUGUCAUAUUCGCAAGUGGUGUCUAUAUAAAUACAUACUGGCUGAUGAUACUUGGAAGAUUCGUAUUUGGUAUUGGUGGAGAAUCAUUACAAGUAGUAGUCAAUAAUUAUGUAGUUCUGUGGUUUAAAGGAAAAGAACUAAACAUGGUGUUUGGGCUACAAUUAUCAUUCUCUAGGUUCGGUAGUACUGUGAACUUUUGGAUAAUGGAACCCAUUUAUAGAUGGAUUGGCAACUACUACAUAGGCUAUGAGCGUUUAGGAGUUACUCUAUUUAUAGCAUCAAUGACUUGCUUUGUUUCCCUUCUGUGUGGAAUAAUAUUAGGCUGGAUGGACUACAGAGCCGAAAAGAUCCUAAACAGACAAGAAGAGAGCAUGAACGAGGAACCGUUUCACUUGAAAGACAUAAUGCACUUCAGAUCAGAGUUUUGGCUUAUUUCUGUCAUAGCUGUUGUAUACUAUUUAGCUUUAUUUCCGUUUAUUGCAUUAGGAAAAUUAUUUUUCGAACGGAAAUUCGACUUUUCACCUCAAGAUGCGAACACGGUCAAUUCAAUGGUUUAUCUGUUAUCUGCAGCACUGAGUCCCUUUUUUGGCAUCCUGAUCGAUAAAACUGGUAGAAACGUGACUUGGGUUAUUAUAAGUAUCGUCCUGACCUUGUGUGGACAUUUCUUGAUGGCAUUUACAUUCUUCAAUCCUUAUAUAGGUGUCAUUUUAUUAGGAAUUUCUUACUCAUUAUUGUCGAGUGGUUUGUGGCCCUUGGUCGCGCUGAUUGUACCCGAGAGUCAACUGGGAACUGCGUAUGGAAUAUGUCAGGCAGUACAAAAUAUGGGAUUAGCAGUGGUCAUCAUUGCGGCGGGAGUCAUCGUCGAUAAAUACGGAUACUUAAUGUUGGAAAUGUUCUUCCUCGGCUGUCUUUUUAUUUCACUGAUAGCUGCUGUCUUCAUUUACAUAAUCGAUUCUGCGAACAACGGUAUUUUGAAUAUGUCUCCAAAUAUGCGAGAAAGUACGAAGAGUCAAAGGAGAGUCGAUGGUGUUGGUGAAACAGCAAAUUUGUUAGAAAAUGAAGACUUUACUGAUCAAGAAGAAACUGACUCUCGAGUUCAAGAGGAGAAACAGCCUUCAGUCGCUCCACGUGACUCCGCUCUGGUCCAGUCAGACAGAAUACGAUCCAGAUACUUAGCACAAAUAUUGCCAAAUACUAACAUUCCAGAACGACAAUAAAACGGCUUAAUAAUUUUUAAUUAUAGGAUAUAUUAUUUUUAUUGUAUAUUGAUCUUAUAGAUACGAUUAUAGUGGUAAAUGAAACUUACUGUGACAUUAAAUAUUUUAUUAAAUAUAAACAGUACAAUAAUUGAAUAAAAUAUGACUUAAAGUAUAA